AUUAUUAAUAGUGUAAACUUGCCAAUUAAAUUCAAUAUAUCUUUUAUAAAUUAUUAAAAUUAAUAAUUAUAAUAUUAAAAUAAAUUGAUGGUAGUGAUAACAAAUUCGAUUAUAAUUUAGUGAUAUUUUAUAUAAUUUUUUUUUUCAAUUUAAUUUAUAUAUUUAAUAAAAAAAAAACACAAAAUCAAAAUGAAUCGUUUUGUUAAAAUUUUAAAAACAACCGGAUGUUCAAUUUAUAAGCAAAAUAUUAAAAAUUUAAAUAACAAAAUUUCAUUUACUAGUAGUAAUUUUAAUAAUAUUUUAAUACGAUGUGCAUCAUCAGAUGGUCAAGGAUCAAGACAAACUGCGACAACAUUCGAGAAAAGAAAUUUUUUAUUGGAUAAACGUCAUCAAAUAUUUAAGGAACGUAAUCAAUUAAAAUAUGCAAGACGUAUUAUUAUUAAAUUGGGUAGUGCUGUUAUAACUCGAGAAGAUAAUAAUGGAUUAGCAUUGGGACGUUUAGCUUCAAUUGUUGAACAGGUAGCUGAAUGUCAUUUAGAAGGAAGAGAAGUUAUGAUGGUAACUAGUGGUGCUGUUGCUUUUGGAACACAAAAACUUACCCAAGAAUUAUUAAUGUCUCUUUCAAUGAGAGAAACAUUAUCACCUAAAGACCUUACAAGACAGGAUGCCGGAAUGUUAUUAGAACCAAGAGCUGCUGCUGCUGUAGGACAAUCAGGUUUAAUGUCAUUAUAUGAUGCUAUGUUUGCACAGUAUGGAGUUAAAAUUGCACAGGUUCUUGUCACAAAACCAGAUUUCUACAAUGAAGAAACACGAAAAAAUUUAUUCUGCACAUUAUCGGAACUUAUUAGUUUGAAUAUUGUUCCAAUUAUUAAUACAAAUGAUGCUGUAUCACCACCAAUGUUUAUUUUAGAUGAAGAUGUACCUGUUGGAACAUCGAAGAAGGGCAUCAAUAUAAAAGAUAAUGAUAGUUUAGCUGCAUUGCUGGCUGUCGAAGCACAAUCUGAUUUACUUAUUUUAAUGUCAGAUGUUGAUGGUAUUUAUAAUAAACCCCCAUGGGAAGAUGGAGCAAAAUUAAUGCAUACCUUUACAACAAAUGAUAUGAACUCAAUUCAAUAUGGAAAGAAAUCAAAGGUUGGAACUGGUGGUAUGGAUGCUAAAGUAAGAGCAGCAACAUGGGCAUUAGAUAGAGGUGUAAGUGUUGUGAUAUGUAAUGGAUUGCAAGAAAAAGCAAUUAAAACUAUAAUAAGUGGUAGAAAAGUUGGUACAUUCUUUACUGAAACAGUUGAAGGUUCCACAACACCAGUUGAAAUAUUGGCAGAAAAUGCUCGUGCUGGCAGUCGUUUGAUGCAAACAUUAACACCAGAAGAAAGAGCACUUGCCGUUACUAAUUUAGCUGAUUUAUUAAUAUCCAAACAAGAUUUCAUUUUAUCAGCAAACAAUCAGGAUAUUCAAGAAGCACAAAAAAGUGGACUAGCAAAACCAUUACUCGCUCGUCUAUCAUUAAGUCCAUCAAAAUUGAAGAAUCUUUCGAUUGGAUUAAAACAAAUUGCUGAUUCUAGUCAUAAUAAUGUAGGCAGAGUACUUCGUAGAAAAAAAAUAGCUGAAAAUUUACAACUUGAACAAAUUACAGUACCAAUUGGUGUUCUUUUAGUUAUUUUUGAGUCAAGGCCUGAUUCAUUGCCACAAGUUGCUGCUUUAGCAAUGGCAUCUGCAAAUGGUUUACUUUUAAAAGGUGGUAAAGAAGCUGCUCAUAGUAAUCGUGCUCUAAUGGAACUUGUUAAAGAAGCAUUAAGAUCAGUUGGAGCAACAAAUGCUGUUUCAUUGGUUUCAACAAGGGAAGAAAUUAGCGAUUUAUUGUCAAUGGAUGAUCAUAUAGAUUUAAUAAUACCAAGAGGAUCAUCUGAUUUAGUACGUAGUAUACAAAGUCAAUCAUUACAUAUACCAGUUUUGGGACAUGCUGAAGGUGUCUGUCACGUUUAUGUUGAUAAAGAUGCAGAUUUAAAGAAAGCAUUAAGAAUUAUUAGAGAUUCAAAAUGUGAUUAUCCAGCUGCUUGUAAUGCAAUGGAAACAUUACUAAUACAUGAACAAUUAUUAGAUAAUGGUUUCUUUAAUGAUGUUUGUAGUAUGCUUAAAAAUGAAGGUGUUAAAAUAUAUUCUGGACCAAAAUUAAGUAAAAAAUUAACAUUUGGGCCACCAUUAGCUAAAAAAUUGAAACAUGAAUAUGGUGCAUUAGAAUGUUGUAUUGAAGCUGUUGGUGAUUUAGAUGAAGCUAUCGAUCAUAUACAUGCAUAUGGUAGUGCACAUACUGAUGUUAUUGUAACUGAAAAUGAUGGUACAGCUAAAAAAUUCCAAAAUUCAGUUGAUAGUGCAUGCGUUUUCCAUAAUGCAAGUUCACGUUUUGCUGAUGGUUUCCGUUUUGGAUUAGGUGCUGAAGUUGGUAUAUCAACAGCAAGAAUACAUGCUAGAGGACCAGUUGGUGUUGAAGGUUUAUUAACAACAAAAUGGGUAUUAAAAGGAACAGAUCAUGUUGUUACAGAUUUUGCUGAUGGUGGUUCAAAACAUUAUUUACAUGAAUCAUUACCAAUUCAAUAGAAUGUAAUUAAUUAAUUAAUGUUUCUGUAAAGGAUAACAACACGAAAAAAAAAAACAAAAAUUAAAAAUAAGCUUUAUCUUUCUCCCCAUUAGUUAAAUGAAUAAAACUGUUGUUUCUUUUUUUUUUUGUAUUCCAUUUUCUAUUUUAAAUUUUAUUUUAUUUUAAUACUUUAUAAAAUACAUUUUGUAAAAAAAGCUAGAAAAAUGAAACCAAAUUCUAAAUAUAAAAUUUAUUAUAGAAUUAA